GGGAGGGAGAGAAGAAAGGAAAAAGGGCAGAGCCAGGGUGGGACUGGAAUUUAAAUGCGGGUCUCUGCCUAGGCUGGAUGCCAGGGGCACCAUGGACACUGUCAGAUACAGCCAGUGGGAGAGCAGCCCUGAGGAAGUCCCCGGAGGAGGGCUCGGGCCACCGGUCACCUGUGUUCUCCUAGGGCCCUGGGGACGCUGGGAGUACUUCCGGCCAAGAGUUUGCCUCCUAGCUCUGGCUGUCCUGGCGGUCACAGUGCUGUGGGCUCUCAUUCUGAGCAUCCUCUUGUCCAAAGCCUCCACCGACCGCGGAGCGCUGCUUGACCGCCAGGACCUGCUGAGGACAAACGCUUCGGAGCAGACGGUGGUGCUGGGUGCCUUGAAGCGGGAGGUCGGAGCCUGCAGGAGCUGCUGCAACGCCACGAAGGCGACGCUGCUGGAGGCUGUGGCGGACCUGCGGAAGGCAGAGGCGACGCUGCUGGAGCAGAAAAGCGCCCUGGAACAACUGCGCCAGCGCGUGACCCAGGACUUGGCCACAGCGGGCCGGGACCGCGAGAACAUCCGUAACGAGCUGUUCCGGGAGCUGGAGAACGCCAGGCUCCAGAACAGCUCCUGCGAGCAGUGUCCCACCUCGUGGCUGCCCUUCCGGGGCUCCUGCUACUAUUUCUCGGAGCCACAAGCUACUUGGCCGGAGGCGGAGCGCAACUGCUUGGGCAACGACGCGCACCUGGUGAUCAUCGGCGACCUGGACGAGCAGGGCUUCGUGACUCGGCACACGCGAGACCGCGGCUACUGGCUGGGCCUGAGGGGUGUGCGCAGCGCGGGCCGGAUCCAGAGCUACCAGUGGGUGGACGGAGUCUCGCUGGGCUUCAGCCACUGGAAUUUGGGGGAGCCCAAUGACUCUCGGGGGCAAGAGGACUGCGUCAUGCUGCUUCACACGGGGCUGUGGAACGACGCGCCUUGCAGCAGCGAGCUGGACGGCUGGAUCUGCGAGAAGCGGCGCCGCUGCUGAGCUGGCCCCGCCCCCGCCGCGCCCCGCCCACCCCAGGGCGUGUCCCGGUAGCUGCGCAUGCUCGGGGAGCGUACACCCAGUCCUUGCCGCAUCCACCACUACGGAGAACCCCGCAGUGCCGCACAGCCCUGUCUAGGGCCUGGGCCCAGAGACCUCUGCUCCAACCUCACCGAAACCCUCUACAUUCUGACCUAACCUAACUUCCACCAGCUCCAAAAUCCCUGCUCCUGCACCUGGUCAUCCGACCUCACCUCUCUUCCUAGACACAGUCAAGAAACUGAGGGAUGGGGCUGCUUGUUUUCCUGCAUUUCUGCAGCAUUAAUAAACGUUUGAGACAUGAGUCUAAGCUCCUAGCUCCGGA